AUGUUUGGAUCAGUAUAUCCAGCUUUGGAAGAGCUAAAACAACCACUUUCGGAGGAUCAGUUGAAGGUGCUCCGUAACCAACUCAAAGCAGAGGAACCUAAACCAUCGCCACUAACACAAUUCAAUUAUGCUUGGGGGUUGUUGAAAUCACCAACGCGAAAACACCAACAGGAAGCAGUGGUGAUACUCACAUCCUUAUACAAGAAAGAACCAUCCAUGAGAAGAGAAGUGUUGUAUUAUUUGAGUUUGGGAUCUUUCAAGUUGGGUGAUUAUACCAAUGCCAAACGUUAUGUUGAGAGCUUAUUGAAAUCAGAACCAGACAACACACAAGCAUUGACUUUAUUGGAUAAUAUAAAUGACAAAGUUGCACAAGAGGGCUUGAUUGGAAUUGGUGUUGCAGGUGGUGUGUUGGCGGUGGGAGUAGGAAUCAUCGGCGCGUUGGUUAGAAGAAAUAGGAAAUAG